AAACCUUAGCGAUAAAUUGUACCAACAUACCAAAAUUCGACCCACAGUACAGACUGUUUAGACCCAUGUACCCCUAUCAAUGAUAAAUCUCUCCAUUUGUCGCUUCAGAAAUGUGUAAUGCAAUUUUAACUAAUGUAUAGCACUGAGUUAAACGCGUGUAUGUUCGUAGGUUUGUGUUAAGGAGAAAGAGAAGGGGAGGAACAGUACGGAGUAUGGCCGUGUAGGGAGGGGGGAGAGAAGGAGGGGAAUCGGAGAUACACGACAGAAAGGAAAUCGUUUUCCUUAGGCUGCGAGAUAGUGCACACGCUGCAAGAGCAUACCGAAAGGAUUGGGAGAAAGAAAAACGGAAGAAGAGGAUGAAAUAAAAACGAAGGAUUUGUUUAUCUUGGGAGGUCUUUUGUUACCAAUGAAGAGAGGAAUAAUAUAACCAAGAAACGGGAUUCAGGUCAUUUUCAACAAAAGGCUUUUCUCUACGGAGAAACCGAGAAGGCGAGGUAGCGGAAUGUAUAAUUAGGAGGAGUCGCAUUGGAUUUUGUCAUUUAUGGUAUACGGGGUUUAUUUGGUAUUUUUGAAAAACUAUUCUUAGUUAGGUAGCCAAGAAACCUUGGAUGAAGGAGCAUUUGUGAUCGGGCGCAGAAUUCGCCUCAGUUGGUAAUGGAUAUUUUUUCCAUGAUUGAACAAUAAAACGAGUUUAUUUUAAGGUUAAUAUAGACGGGCAGAGAAUAGAUUCUUGUCGAUGAGUCAUACAUUGAUGUCUACCUUAGUCCAUCAAUAACAAACUGUUUUACGGGGGCUCUGAAAGACGCACAUAUGAAUAUAGUAAAAUAUAUAGAUUGAUACUGACUAAUGCCGCGGUGAGUGUGCAUGAGCGGCAUUCCUAACACGUUGUUUUGAUUGAAUUCCUACCUUAAUUAAGCUUAGGCCUAUAUAGCUAAUUAACUAACAACAUAGGCCUUGGAUAGAUGGGACUACGGUUUGCUAACUACAGUGCUGCACAUAAUUUGUAAUUGUUGUGUCAUAGCCCAGUAUUAGUGGGCCUAAUUAUCUUUUUAUUUUUGUCGUUUUUUGGCAUUGCGAUAGCUAGGGCAAAGAAUUUGCCUUGUUAUUUAAUCGAAUAUCAUGCAAACCUACCUAUAGACUUUCAGACAUAUACUGUAGUUUACUGGUAUUCUGUUAAUCCUGACGUGUUAUCACCAGAGCACUGUAAUACGGUUCCAUAUUGUUCAGUCGAUUGCAAAAUUAAACCAAUCUGAGUAAAGGAAGAGAGAACGCUAGCUAGCUAUUUGGAGAGAAGGCUAACAUUACACACGUCCAAGAAAGGUUAGGCAACGUUACAGCGAGGGGGGCGAGAAAAGAAAGUAAAGAAUCUUAGGUAAAAUAGAUACACGGGGGAAGAAAUCGUUCAAUGUUAAUGUCGACCGACGUCGCAUCAAUUAUGCUACCCGUGUCCCGGGGAAUAAUGGACCGGGAAAGGGACAUGGACACAGCGAGCGGAGCGCACACGAACCCUGCUGGAGCCGCAGCCCCAGUCAGGGGCAUGAAACGAGGAGACCCGGAGCCCGACGCACAAUCGGCAGCAGCCUUGACUGAACUAGCUGGAGCGGAGUGCAAACGACCGCGGAUAGAAGGAUCGGGAGCUGUCGGUGAGGUCGGACAGAACAAUGACCCCUUGACCCCUGGAUUCCAUGGAUAUCCACCUCACAGUCAGGGCUCUCAAGAAUCAACAGGGGGUCAGGAGGGCCUGGUGCCCCAGGCCUUCUCCACUUACCCACCCCCGCCCCCUCCUCAGAACGGCCUGGGGUCGGAAUUCGGAGGCAGCUUGUUUGGUGCGGGGGCACAGGGCCCCACAGAGGCCGGUGCUGGGGCGAAUGGCUCGGCCAGUGCCCCUGCCAGUCUCAGCACCCAGCAGUCAGACAGCAGCUCACAGGUGGAAGGUGGCAGUCAGUGCGGUGCUGGGGUGAGCGGAGGUCUGGCAGGUGGAGUUGGAGGGGGCGACCCCUCAGAAGCCAAAGGGACCCCCAAGCGCCUGCAUGUGUCCAACAUCCCCUUCCGUUUCCGGGACCCCGACCUCAGGCAGAUGUUUGGGCAAUUUGGAAAAAUCCUGGAUGUUGAGAUCAUAUUCAAUGAGAGGGGGUCGAAGGGCUUUGGCUUUGUGACGUUCGAGACGAGUGCAGACGCCGAGAAGGCCAGGGAGCGGCUCCACGGUACCCUGGUAGAGGGACGCAAAAUCGAGGUGAAUAAUGCUACAGCCAGGGUGAUGACCAAUAAGAAGAUGGUCAGCCCUUACCCUAACGGAGAGGCCCUCAGCACCCUGCCCUACGCAGGAUGGAAACUCAGCCCAAUGGUAGGAGCCAUGUACGGGCCAGAGCUCUAUGCAGUUCCAGGGUUCCCAUACCCCUCAGCGGCAGCAGCUGCCUCUACCGCGGCAGCGUUUCGGGGCGCCCACCUCAGGGGGCGGGGCCGGCCCGUAUACAGUGCCGUCCGUGCUGCUGUGCCACAGCCGGCCAUUCCCGCCUACCCCGGAAUAGUGUUUCAGGACUCUGUCAUUAGCGCCAGGUUGCCUCAGGGAGGUUAUGCAGCCUAUCGCUAUGCUCAACCCGCUGCUGUAACCGGGGCAACUGCUGCUGCCGCCGCCGCUGCCUAUAGUGACAGUUAUGGACGAGUCUACACCGCAGACCCCUACCACGCCCUUGCACCUGCUGCGGCUGCCGCCUAUGGAGUGGGUGCCAUGGCUAGCUUGUACCGGGGUGGAUACAGUCGAUUUGCCCCCUAUUAAAUGCCCACUGACCCUCCUUGGAUCUUCCCAUUCCUUGGGACCCCUUUUUCCACACUCAAAAUUUGGAAGGAGUCAUUUCUCAGUCAUAAUUACAGCUUGGUUUUAUUAUUUUUUUGGACAAACAUAUUUAAUGAAGAUUGAUUGACUUUUACUCAGCUAGCAUCUAGUAACACACAACUACAUUUAUGGGGACAGCUACAAGUGAAUUUAAAAAAAACAAAACGGAAACACCUGAAGAACACAGCUACGCAAAAACCACAGCUCCAUUACCGGAAAAGAAUUGCUGCUUUAAAAAUUUGAUCCGCAGAUGUUGCCUCCACAAUCAUUCCCUCAGUACAGAAGUCUGGCCAGACACGUGCAGUAAAAACAAAUCAACAACAGUCAGCCAAAGUCUUGACUGAAAAGGAUGCAGCUGUCAGUUCGGACCUGGGGCUAGUCCUACUGCAUUGCUGGUUGUCUUGUUUGAAUAUGAAAUGAACAAGUAAGCAAGUUUCUUUUUUGCUGCUUAAGACAAAAUUUUCUUUGAUUUCUGUUAAUGAGGAAAGGAGAUAACAUCGACUUAGGUUAAUGAAUUAAAAUGAAGGACAAACCAACAUGCAGUAGGAUCGAAUCUAGGCCUUGCUGUCUCAAAACAGUAGACUGCUGUGAAUGUUUGACAACGACAAACCGUUGAGCACCAACAAAAAAGGAAGAAAUACAUGACUGCUUCUAUAUACACUACUUUGGCAAGGAAUAGGUGAUGAAAAUGGAGGGACCCCACGAGCAAAAGGGUUUUAAAAUACCGAAACUGUGGCAACAUCUGAAGAGCGGACUUUGUGACAACAGGAUGGCACAACAGAAGAAGGACGACUACACAAAUUAAACAAUAUAAGCUCGACAACAAACGUAUGACAACGCAAACAUUCAAAACAACGCAUUUGAAGCAACAAAACAAACGUUUAUUUUUUGUUUUACAAUGCGAGGGAGAAAACAUCAGUUUCCCUGACGUAAUUCACACACUGAGUGAGAGGCUAUACCAAACUGCCCAACCAGCUGGAUGGAAAUAUGACAAAAACAAAGCCGCUGGAAAAUGACAAGGAAAAAAAACUUUUUAAAAA